AUCCUAGUGUUUGUUGUAAGAAAAGUUUAGUGUAAUUAAACGACCUAGCUUUAAUACUGUCAAGCAGUGAAAAUGCGAAGACGUGCUGGUGUUGGCGCCAUUCAGAAGCAGCGUCUGGAGGCGGAAAAAUAUAAAGACAAGGGAACCGAACUGCAGGACUCACAGUUUGAACAGAUGGUGAAACAGAUGGAAGCGUUGAAGGAAAAUUUGGAGGAGUUUGCAUCCAAGCAUCGGAACGAAAUUAAGAAGAACCCACAGUUUCGGCGCCAGUUCCAGGAGAUGUGUGCGGCCAUCGGUGUGGAUCCGCUGGCAUCGGCCAAAGGGUUUUGGAGCGUCCUCGGUAUGGGCGAUUUCUUCUACGAGCUUAGCGUCCAGGUGGUGGAAGUUUGUCUAGCACACAACCACGUAACAGGUGGGCUUAUGGACUUGGACGAACUGCGAAAUCGGUUGGUAGCGGCUAGGGGUAAGAGUCAAAGCCAUCAGGAAAUCACCUCUGAGGACAUACUGAUGGCAACGAAAAAGUUGAAGAUAUUCGGCAACGGUUUCACCGUGUACUCGGUCGGCAAGAAUCGCUACAUGGUGCAGUCAAUACCCGGGGAACUCAGCCUUCAGGAAACAACAGUUCUUAGCGUAGCCUCGAAUCAAGGCCAAGGAUUUGUCACCGUUGCCUCACUUAUGAAUGAUUUAGGGUGGACACAAGCGAGGGCAGAACAGGCAGUAGAGAAAAUUCUCGGCGAAGGUAUGGCAUGGCUAGAUACACAAGGCGAAGAGAAGUCGUACUGGUUUCCUAGUUUGUUCCCAGGGCGUUUAACGACGAAAAUAUGAUUCCAGCAUCAAAACAGCACUAGUCAAAGGACAUUUCAUAUACAACGCUGAAAAUAUCGCAUUGCAAUAUAUCUGGUUCGUAUUGUUGCGACAGCUAAAAUAUAGCAAACUAUUUCAUUAUUUGUCUGCUUCGUCUCACUAACCGAAAAUCCUUUUAAACUGUAGUUCGAACUCGAUGCUAUCAAUGAAAUGUUC